UUGUUGGAGGUCACGUUGGAUACCCCACAAGCACUACACGUGAUUCGGACCCUUUCUUCUGUACUUCCAAAACGAGUCUCCGUUGGGGCUGCAACUGUUAUGGACAAAGAGCAAGCAGUUGCAGCGAUAGAUGCCGGAGCAAAAUUUAUCACAAGUCCAAUUUUGUGCACAGAGAUCAUAGAUAUCUGCGAGAAGAGAGGCGUCUUGGCCAUUCCAGCUGCGUUGACACCGACUGAGAUUUACACUGCGAUUCAAGCGGGAGCUCGAGCCGUGAAGUUGUUUCCUGCUUGCAGUCUGGGCUGGCAAGGCCUCGAAGCCGUCAAGUCGCUCGGUCCGUACAAGGAGGUAUCU